AAAAAGUUGUCGCCGCGCCCAAGCAACGAGUCAACAUGGCGGUGGAUCGCUUACCUGUGUAAAACUCCGAUUUCUGUUGCAUCGCCCCUGGUUCAUUUGUCGGCGAAGAACCAUGGCACUGCAUAUACAGGACACUUUAGUGUUUCUGUGUCUCGUGUGCUUCUGUGUGAAAGUGUUUGCUCAAUUUGACUGGCACGUAAGGGACAGCUUUGAUGAAAUCAGGGCACGCCUCGACAAAGUGUCUACCGAAAACUGCAGAGUUGUUGAUGUCAACGACUUAUUUCUGCCGAACGAUACUGUUACUCAUGCUCCAAACAUCAAAACAUUGAAUAUCGAUCCUGUGUUUCCCAACCGGACAAAUCUUUUGCACGUUCAUAACAUGGCCCUGUCGCGUGCAUUCUUCUUCAGCUAUAUUCUCCAGAAAGCAGCUGACAACGAUGAACCAGGUUUUAUGUACUACUUCAUGUCAGUCAUAUCAGACGUAGCAUCCAAUCGGUUUAUCAACAGCAGUGCGAUCUACUAUGCACCAAACAUGUCUUUCACCCCAUCUUAUAAAGGUUUCUUCAAUAAGACCAUGCCACUCUUUGCACCUCGUGCAUUUCGUGCCGACGAUUUCAACGAUCCGUACCACCUGGAAGGCACAUCCACUUUGAAUACAAUUCAAGCCAUUGAUCUAGGAGCAAUACCUUUAGACACUCCAAGCCGCAACUACUCGAGUGAUCAGUACCGUAUUAAUGAAUGGUACCAUGCUUGGCUUCCCGACCCAACCAAGCGACAAGAUUCUAAGACGACUUACACGGUACAGAUUACUCAUUUCAAUGGCACCAAUGAAACAUUCGUCUGGCAUGGACCUCCAGCUCCAUCGGAUAACCCCGGACCUGUCAAAUGGAGUAGACCGUAUUUUGAUUGUGAACGGUCCAACAAGUGGGUUUACGGGGCAACCGUGCCAAUUCCCGACAUCUACCCACGGCAUACCCAGUGGAGACACAUUGAAAUUCCCAAGUAUGUAGCUGUGGCUGUUAUGGAACUGGACUACGAAAGGAUUGACAUUAACCAGUGUCCAAUUGGGGAUGGGAAUCCACGGCCAAACUAUUUUGCUGGUACAUCACGUUGCAAGAACGAAACCACUGAGUGUGAACCAGUACAUGGGUAUGGCUUCCGAAGGGGUGGGUACCAGUGCCGGUGUCAGCCCGGGUAUCGAAGACCAAGAAUUGUAAGGAACCCAUUCCAUGGAGAGCUUAUUGAAAGAGCAACAGAAGAGGAAUACAGGAAUGGAUAUGACUGUGAAAAGAUUGGGUAUUUGAUGGUCCUCACACAAAACGUGCUCAGACUGAAGGAACAUGAACGAUUGAAGUAUAUUGGAAAGCAAUCCAACUACAUGGAGAUUCUUAAUGUUAGCUCCGCUGACGACAAAGAUCCAACGACGGUGUUUGCACACAUGAAAUCAGUCAAUUCAAAAAACUGCUGGGAUGUCCGUCGAAGGUCACCUGAACGACUACUCUUGUCCGGUGCUGUGGCUCACCAGCGAGAGCUCCAGCUUGAAAAUGAAGCUCGUGCAGCGAUUCGUCUUGCAAACUUUCUUUCUGGAUUCCUGCAAACUGUUGACCCUAAAGACCUCUUUGCGGAAUUCCGAGUACCUGACAGGACCCUCAGUCAGGAUCAGAUCAUUGGAGAGGCAAUGUCGCUAGUGAUAGGGGACCAGAAGAUUGUUGGAUGCGGGGUGUACUUUGAUGUGAAGCAGUUUCCCAACCGCACUCUCUAUGCCCCAUAUGCAUACAGGAAGGGCCGCAACGUUCGACGGUACUAUGUGGACGAUAUGGCGAGAUUUGUAAAAUCUGCACUGGGCCCCUACACAGAGAAAGAUUUCUUCUCUAAGUUGAAGACCCGCUGGGCUGCAAACAUGGAUGAUCUUGUUACAUACACUGCUAAGAUACAGAUCAGAUACAACUCAUCUGGGCAUAAUGCGAUCAAUUACGAUCACUACCCGCUACAGUACAAGGCAGCCGAAAUGGAACACGGCCAUUGGACUUCCCCAUACUUUGACUGUGGUGGUUUCCACAAUGACUGGAUCAUCACUUAUGCCUCGCCUUUCUUUGGCUGGGACAGUCUCCACAGCCGGCUCGAAUUCAAGGGUGUUGUUGCUGUAUCAGUGAAGCUGAUGGAGAUGGACAUCAACCAAUGUCCAGGUUAUGAGCCGUACACUGAGGAUAAUGUAUUCCAAGAUACUCACAAAUGUGACAGGCGCUCUUCUAGGUGUGUCCCCAUUCUUGGCCGUGGCUUCAUAUCUGGCGGCUACAAGUGUGAAUGUCUUCAAGGUUUUGAAUACCCGUACAACGAUCCCAUCACAUACUUCGACGGCCAAAUAGUGGAGGCAGAGUUUGAAAAGUUACUGGAAGACAAUCCAAGCAGGUAUGACACUCUAAAGUGUCGUAUUGCCGGUGCAUCACCUUUGACCGCGAGUCUUGCCCUUAUUGCAUCAGUUUUAGUGCUAAAAGUUUUUGGUCCUUUCAUUCACUGAGCAGCCAUCCAUUGCAAAGAAGUGCGUGAGUGUGCAGGACAUCCUAGGUUGGAUUUGCUGUUGUUGUGCCAGAAAACAUCAAAUCAAUCAAUCAAUCCUAGGUUGGAAAGAAAAUAUGUAUGGUACGGCAAACCAUACUAGUGCUGUGCCUGAUGAACAAAAAAUAGGAUAGGGGUGGAGGAAUCAGGCACUGUAGCAUGGUGGAUGCCUUAACCCAUCGACCGAUCUCCACAUAGUAAAUGCAUUUAGCAGCCAAUGACAAAGUCAGAGUUUUAGUUGAGAGGUGAUAUGCAUUAUUUUAAUGACCUUUGAGGUAGCCCUGCACUGUUUUAUUUUUACUGUUGUUAAAGUGUCAGGUCUUAUGCUGCAGGGUGGUGGGAUGCUGUGGGUUAUCAAGGGGUGUUCAUUUGAUUGGGGAGGCACCCUUUGUUGAAAUACUUUAUUUAAUGAGUAAUGACCAAUCAUGUAGUUCUUAUGGAGCUACACGUGGAAGAUGCCGUGCUUAGCCAUGCCUUUCUGAUUAUCACUUAUGAUGCAGACAUCAUGCUCACCGUGUACAUCUGUGCAAUACUUCCAGCUUCAGGCAUCUACUGCCACGUUCAGUGUACAACUUGCAGAUUACACACCAGAAUCAAACGAGACACUUGUAAUAAUGCAAGUUUGCCUUGCAUAUAGCACACAAAUGUGCUAUAUAUUUACACACAGCUACACAUUUGCUGAGUCCACACAGAAUGUUAGGGGUUCGUCAUGCCAGAGUACAUGAAACACCAGGUGCAAAGGUGACCACCAUUCACAAGAAGGAAUGAUAGUUGACAUGAGAGCAGAGAUUCUACACACUGGAGGUGGGUUGAAAUUCGCUUUGGUAUGAUGACCAUAGUCCACACCAGUUUUACUACGUUGUACGUAUCACCCGGCUCGUCUGGCAGAGGAUAACUCGAGCAAGUAUUUGAAACUAACAUAUGGUGUUUUGUGCAGGGGUACCAGUUGAUAUGAUGACUGUAAAUCACCAAUAUCCUUUCCAUACUGACAUUGGUCAUAGCAAGCUUCUUCAUGGAAUAUUACAUUCCCAUCUUUUCCGUGUUUUACAUGAGCAGUGCAACCUUUUUGCAGUAAUGUUUUCAAGCUUUUUUAAGUUUAUAUUUGCAUUUAUACACUUACAUUGUUUGUUAAAAUGCCUUUUCGUGCAUUCUUGCACCUAAACUUCAUGAAAUGUUUCCUGACAUGCAAUGUGGGGGCUCAUUCAUUGUCUAAGCUGACGUGGGACGCUUCCUUACAAAGACUGAGAAUUGCUGGUGCUGGAAUGAUAUGUAAGCAAGCUUGGUUCUGUUGAGGUCAGAUUUAAUUUAUGGGAUGUACACAGAAGAAUCUCAGGUGUAUCUCACAUGGACUUGAACUUUGGUUAGCUCAGAUAUCAUAGCCAAGGUGUUCUCAUCUCUGCCCACUAUUACAUUUUGAUAUUAUGAAGGUCUCAGUGCCUUGCAGAGUGGAAGCAUGACAUACCAUCUCAUACUUCAUUAUAAAUUUUAUGGUCAUGCUUUUCCACGCACUAGAUAUCCAUAAUCAUGGAGUGCUUUUUAUGGAGGUGCCUAUACAAGUUAAAUAUACACGUAGUGUAAAUAAUAAAAGUAAUUUGGAGCAAGGUCAGCUCUGCAUUAAAAUUCACCAUUCCCAUUCCGUCCACAUGCUCCUUAUUGAGCUGCCUUGAAGGUCUGUGACGUACAUUCCACUUUGAAAUCAAAAUAUUUUUUUAUAACUGCACCCGUCCAGUUCUCAUUUUUGCAACAGUUUCCAUGAAGUGACAAACGUUGUUUUCUUGUGUUAUUGUACAGGAGUUUUGUAUAUGCGAAACCGGUAAACAUGUUUUCCUUGUACAUGUACUGGCUUUUGGCAGGGCAUGCACAAGUGAACAGCACUUAAAUAAAACAUUUGUCCAUCAUU